AUGACAACCAAUUAACCAUCAAUUACAAACAGACAGACAAUUUUACGACUCUUACAGAUUCCUCACAACAACAUGACAGACAACUCAAAAAAUAUAGACAACUUACAAGCAAAUGACAGAAAAUUAAAUAUCAAUUACAGACAUUUAUUUUUCAAAUGACAGACAACUUCACGAGUCUUACUAACAAAUAUAGACACUGCACUUACAAGUUGUCUGUCAGACAGACAUCCCUUUUUAUUUUGAAAACACACCCAAAAAAACAAGAAAACAAAAUCAAGAACAAAAAAAUCAAGAAAAUAAGAUCUACUCUCAAGUCAUUUAAAACUUUUUGGUCUACACCUUUGUCGUUCCUUCUUGUUCACCUAGCUCUCCCCAUUCGUCCUAUUAUUGUAGCUCCGAUCCGCCAUUUGAAACGGAAAAAAAGGCGGAAGAGGAGAGAAGUAGGAGAAGAAGGUUGCAGGAGGAAAAG